CUUGACGCCUGCGAAACUCCCAAUGUUAUCUCGAGGCAGGAAAGUUCCAAGUCGGUCUCCGAGUUUACUUCCCGAUGUGUCGUUUGAACAGAUUUUAAUGUUCAAACGGUUUUUAAUGUUCGGAAAGUACCGGACUAAUAUUUCGGUACCGAAGGGGGCUUAAAUUGGACUUCUUAGGGAGGUUGUCAGAACUGUACAAUGCACAUGUUGGCGUCAAACGGAUCCGUAAUGGACCCGCAGUCGGAGUUGGUGAAAAUUAAAGCGCACUACUGCGGGGACAUGUUAAUCACGGACCUGACCACCACGUUAACCUUCGUGGAGCUCUGUGACGAGGUGAGAACCAUGUGCAGUUUCACCAAACAUCAGCCCAUCACGCUCAAGUGGAUUGAUGAUGAAGGAGACCCUUGUACCAUCUCAUCUCAAAUGGAGCUGGAGGAAGCGUUUCGUCUUUACAAUCGAACAAAAAGGUCGGGACUGCUGCUACAUGUCUUCCCAAGUAUUCCGGAGCAGCCUGGAAUGUUGUGCCUUGGCGAGGACAAGUCCAUCUAUCGACGCGGAGCCAGAAGAUGGAAGAAAUUCUACCAAGUCAACGGACACCUUUUCCAGGCCAAGCGCUUUAACACGAAAGCCUACUGUGGCCACUGCAGUGAAAGGAUAUGGGGGCUUGGUGGGCAGGGCUACAAGUGUAUCAACUGCAAACUGCUGGUCCAUAAGCGCUGUCACAGACUCCUCCCACAGACCUGCCAAAGGCUUAUGGAUCCAGCCAUGCCAGCACAGGAGCCCCCUUCAGAUGCCAAGAGUGAAGAGGCGGACCUUCCUCAAGAUGACACACAAAACCGGGAUGGAAGACCAUACAUACCACACAACUGCACCGUGGACAAGAUUGAAGAGACGGACGACGGAGAGGACAUGAAAGCGGUGGUGGACGGCAUCGAUGGCAUCAAGCUGUCCCAGGGUCUCCUUCUGGGCCUGGCGGACUUCGACCUGAUCCGGGUGAUCGGGCGUGGCAGUUACGCCAAAGUGCUGCUGGUGCGCCUGAAGAAGAACGAGCAGGUGUACGCCAUGAAGGUGGUGAAGAAGGAGCUGGUCCAUGACGACGAGGAUAUCGACUGGGUGCAGACGGAGAAGCACGUCUUUGAGCAAGCCUCCACAAAUCCAUUUUUAGUGGGCCUCCACUCCUGUUUCCAGACAGAAAGUCGGCUCUUUCUUGUGAUUGAAUAUGUAAAUGGCGGCGACCUCAUGUUUCAUAUGCAGCGCCAAAGAAAACUCCCUGAAGAACAUGCCAGAUUUUAUGCUGCUGAAAUCUGUCUGGCUCUCAACUUCCUGCACGAGAAGGGCAUCAUCUACCGAGACCUGAAGCUGGACAAUGUCCUCCUGGACCAGCAGGGACACAUCAAGCUCACAGACUAUGGCAUGUGUAAGGAGGGGAUCAGACCAGGGGACACCACCAGUACCUUCUGCGGAACGCCCAACUACAUCGCCCCAGAAAUCCUCAGAGGAGAAGACUACGGUUUCAGCGUGGACUGGUGGGCGCUCGGCGUGCUCAUGUUCGAGAUGAUGGCCGGAAGGUCGCCCUUUGACAUCAUCACUGACAAUCCUGACAUGAACACCGAGGAGUACCUCUUUCAAGUUAUUCUGGAGAAGCCCAUUCGCAUCCCAAGGUCUCUGUCGGUGAAAGCUGCCAGCGUGCUCAAGGGCUUUUUGAACAAGGAUCCCAAAGAGCGGCUGGGUUGCCAGGUCCAGACAGGCUUCACGGAUAUCAAGUCGCACACGUUUUUCCGCAAUAUAGAUUGGGAGCAGCUGGAGAAAAAAGAGAUGACUCCGCCCUUCAAACCUCAGAUCUCCGAUGAAUACGGCCUUGAAAACUUUGACACACAAUUUACCAACGAGCCAGUACAACUAACACCUGACGACGAGAAUCUUCCAAACCUGCGUGUGACAGGAUUAGACGAGAGGCGUCCAUGACAGACUUUUGGGGAGGCAACAGUGGAUGGGAGGAGAGGAGAUGAAUGGAGCUUGAAGUAGUGGAGAUAUCAAGCUGCCAUCAAACACUGAGGCACAUCAAAAGAAGGCACUUUAUCUCGCCAUGCCCGUCUCUUCCCCGGGUUACCAGGGAGAGAGGAUGGCGUCGCCCACUCUCGCUAGCAGGGGCUGAUGCAAAAGAGCUCUCUGAUGGCUUGGCACCAGAAGAAAGAGGUGUUAGGAGAGAGAGGGACAACUAAACUCUCCAUGGUGGAGAUUUACAUGGCCACGUUGAGGAGGGGGCGGGGGGGUCUACGCCAGCUUCUCGUCUUUGAAAACACAAGCAAAAGAAGCAUUUUUCUUCUCCAGCCGCGCUCCUUGGUGGCUUUUGUAAAAGUCUUGAAUGACUUGUGGGUGGUCAACUGAAUAAUCAUCACUCUUGGACUGUUGUAGUCCACUUGGCCUCAGGAUCCAAACUCAUUUAACUCACCAGAACUUCACCUUGAGGACUCACUCGCGUCCAUUUCAGGGCUGAGAACUCUAUCACCAUCUUUUAUAUCGCUCCAUAUCGGUAAUGAUUCACUUCUUUUAUGAUGGGUUGAAAAUAAAGGACCAUGGCAGGAAGGAAAGGAAAUGUCAACACAAGCAUGGAAAACUAACUACAUUGUCAAAUUGAACGCUUGACAAUUAGCUCUCAAAAUGAAGAUGUUCAUCUUGUUGACUAUAAAUGUACCUCUUAGUUACCCGUCUGCAGCUCUGCAGCAGGGUGUCAGAACUUUGUGACUGGGGGGUCUACUGGGAUAAAACAAUUUGAUCCAGGUUCGAAGGCCAACUGCA